AUAAAUAUCGACUCGGCCGGCGUGUCUUCUUGUUCCUCCUCCCCCCUCCACAAUGUCCGUCUCCCGCCUGUCCAAGGUCAUCCCUCGCGUGUCGCGCGCGCGCGCGUACGCUACUGCGUCGGGAUUGAAGCCCAACACCUCGUACCUCGCCGAAACCCACCCCGACACUGCCCCCGAGUCGACCCACGACCUGAUCAAGGAGCACUCGUCGUACCUGCUCAACACGUACGCGCGCCCGCCCAUCCUCUUCAAGCAGGGCAAGGGGCUCAAGCUGACGGAUUCCGCGGGGCGCGAGUAUCUCGACUUUGCGGCUGGCAUUGCCGUCUUGGCCCUCGGACACGCCGAUGACGGGGUGAACAAGAUCCUCGCCGAGCAGAGCGGCAUCCUCUCCCACGCGUCCAACGUGUACUGGAACGAGUGGGCCGGCGAGCUCGCGAAAUCCCUCGUCGAGAAGACGCGCGACGCCGGCGCCCUCGGCCUGUCCAAGACCGACGGCGCACCCGGCGCCAAGGUCUUCUUCUCCAACUCGGGCACCGAGGCCAACGAGGGCGCGCUCAAGUUUGCCCGCAAGGUCGGCAAGGACCGCGGCGGCGAGACCAAGACCGGCAUCGUGUGCUUCUCGAACGGCUUCCACGGUCGCAGCUUUGGCGCGCUCAGCGUCACCACGAACCCCAAGUACCAGGCGCCGUUUACGCCGCUCGUCCCCGACGUGCACGUGGGCGAGUACAACAAUGCCGACAAGGCGACUAUCGACGCAUUGAUCAACGAGUCGACCUGCGGCGUCAUCGUCGAGCCCAUCCAGGGCGAGGGCGGCAUCGGCACAGCGAGCCCCGAGUUCCUCGCUGCCGUCGCCGCGCGCGCGCGCGAGGUCGGCGCAGUGCUCAUCUACGACGAGAUCCAGUGCGGCCUCUACCGCACCGGCGACCUGUGGGCGCACGCUGCGCUGCCCCAGUCGAGCCACCCCGACAUUGUGACCAUGGCCAAGCCGCUCGCGAACGGUUUCCCUAUCGGCGCGAUCCUGGUGCGUGACGAGGUCGCUGACGCGAUCGGCGUCGGAAGCCACGGCACCACGUUUGGCGGCCAGCCCUUGGCCACCCGUCUCGGACACUACGUGCUUGGCCGCCUCUCCGAGCCAGAGUUCAAGCAGCACAUCAAGGACGUGUCGGCGCACCUCGACGGCCUGGUCGCGCGCCUGCCCAAGCUCUUCCCCAACCUGAUCAAGGACGAGACCCGCGGCCGCGGCCUGAUCCGGGGUAUUCCCUUCAAGAACGAGGCCCACCCCGCCCGCGUCAUGACCCUCCUCCGCCAGCGCGGCGUGCUCGCCCUCACUGCCGGCAAGGACGCCGUGCGCCUCAUCCCCGCGCUCACCGUCUCCAAGGAGGAGUGUGACCACGCCAUUGGCGCCAUUGAGAGCGUGCUCACCAUUAUUGAGAAGGAGCAGUAGGAGCACGUUGUAGUACAAGCAUUUCGGGCAGAAUCAUGCAUGUUAGAGUAAAUGGC